GCCACUCACGCUCGCCGUCCCAGACGCGCGCCUUCGCACUAUCCCGCGCGGGCGGUCUUUUCCUCCGCACAAUAUAUAUAAUCUGCUCCUCACCACUCUUGAUUCCGCCAUUCUUCUCGUUUGCACAUCAUGGCUCCUCCUCAUUCGUUCACCUCCAAGCCUUCGGUCGCUACUCGUCGCAGGCUCUCCAGCGUUGUGACGCCCAACAGACCCAAUGUCCCUGGAUUCACCAGUCUCACCCCCAUGUGGGCCGGUAUAGCCGGCACGAUCAUCAACGACAACACCGCAUUCGAGGUUGCAAUAUCGAUCCACGAUUCGGUCUACUGCACCGACUUUGCGUCCUCGGUCGUACCCUAUGAUGCUACCGACCCCGAAAAACAGUCGGUCGCCAUCGAGAAACACGUCCUCGAUACGCUUCGGAAGUUCUCCAACGAGCACCUCUGCAAGUUCCUUGGUGCUGGUGUCACCCUCAGCUUGCUCCGCGAGGCGCCCAACCUUUGUACGCGUCUCUGGCUUGAGAUGGACAUCGUUCCUAUCGUGUUCAACAUCAAGCCUUACCAUACUGAUUCCAUCACCCGCCCCAACGUCAAGCAUCGCAUUUCAUCCACCACUGGUUCCUAUGUGCCGUCGGGCGCUGAGACGCCCACCGUCUACGUCGACGCGUCUCAGUUACAGGACCAGAGUAAGCUUACGACUGGUGCGCAGCAACGCCUCCCGAUCCCGCGCACUGUCGAUGAACAGGCCGACAGUGCCGCGCGCAAGUGCAUCAUGUACUUCGGACCCGGUAACAACCCGCGUUUGAGCAUCGCGCCCCGCAACCAGGUUGCAGUCGAUUCAGGUGGAAAGAUACAUCUCAUUGACGAUCUCGACGAAUAUCGCAAAACGGUGCAUAAGGGCACGUGGAAUGCGGUGAUCAAGCUCGCAGACGAGCUCCGGGAGAAGAAGAUUAGGUUUGCGUUCUUUUCGUCUACCCCACAAGGCGGAGGGGUUGCACUCAUGCGUCACGCGCUCAUCCGUUUCUUCCAAGCGCUGGAUGUAGACGCAGCAUGGUAUGUGCCGAAUCCGUCGCCGUCGGUCUUCCGUACGACGAAGAACAACCACAAUAUCCUGCAAGGUGUUGCGGACCCGUCUCUUCGCCUUACACAAGAUCAAAAGGAGAACUUUGAUGCAUGGAUUCUCAAGAACGGUCUGCGCUGGACGGCUGAGGGUGGUCCUUUGGCCAAGGGUGGUGUAGAUAUUGCGUUCAUUGUAGAUGACCCGCAAAUGCCUGGUCUCAUUCCGCUGAUCAAGCGCGUUCGUCCGGACAUGCCUAUCGUCUAUCGGUCGCAUAUUGAGAUUCGGAGUGACCUCGUCAGCGUCGCGGGUUCCCCGCAAGAGGAGGUGUGGAAGUACCUCUGGAACAACAUCCAGUAUGCAGAUAUGUUCAUCAGCCACCCUGUGAACAAGUUCGUGCCCACGGAUGUGCCGCUGGAGAAGCUGGCACUGCUUGGUGCUGCAACGGAUUGGCUCGAUGGACUGAACAAGCACCUGCACCCGUGGGACACGCAGUAUUAUAUGGGCGAGUUCCGCCAGCUGUGCGCGCGUGAGAAGAUGCACGAGUUAUUGUGGCCUGUGCGCGACUACGUGGUGCAGAUCGCACGAUUCGACCCGAGUAAGGGCAUCCCGAACGUCAUCGACUCGUAUGCGCGUUUCCGCAGGAUGAUGAAGAGCAACGCACCUAACGAGGAUCCGCCACAGCUGCUGGUUUGCGGGCAUGGUGCAGUGGACGACCCGGAUGCGAGCAUCAUCUACGAUCAAAUUAUCGCGCUCGUUACUGGUCCGUACAAGGAAUACGAGCAGGAUAUGAUCGUGAUGCGGUGCCCGCCGAGUGAUCAGUUGCUCAAUGUAUUGAUGGCAAACUCUCGAGUGGCAUUGCAACUGUCCACGCGUGAGGGCUUCGAGGUCAAGGUAUCUGAGGCACUGCAUGCGGGCAAGCCGGUAAUCGCGAGCCGCACGGGCGGUAUCCCUCUGCAGAUCGAGCACGGCAAGAGUGGAUUCCUAUGCGACGCAGGCGACAACGAGGCCGUGGCGAAGCAUAUGUUCGACCUGAUUACGAACGAGGACCUGUACGAGGAGAUGUCCGAGUAUGCUCGGACCCACGUCAGCGAUGAGGUCGGCACGGUCGGCAAUGCGGCGGCGUGGAUGUACCUUGCGGUGAUGUAUUGCAGCAGGGGCGUGAAGCUCCAGCCGAAGGGCGCAUGGGUGAAUGAUAUGAUGCGCGAAGAGACGGGCGAGCCGUACGAGCCUGGGGAGCCGAGACUUCCAAGGGGACACAUCCACGUGCAGGGAUGAGAAAGAUUGCACGACCAAGGUCAGAAUGGAAGUUGGU